CAGACAGUAAUCAAACGUCUAUCGCCAAUGAUGUUGUCAAGAAUUGCAUUUUUUAGGUCUUUACCACAACUUGCUUCUAAAACACACAUCUCACUGAAAGUUCCCUCUCUCCAAAGAUGUAAGCAGUGUAACUUAACUGGUUUUGGCGGGAAACAGCCAAAAAAGCAAAAUCCUACCCCAAAAGCUGAACCAGGGAAUAUACCAUCAACAGGCAAAACCAGGGGAGUUUUACAAUAUGUAUUGUACUCUGCAGUUGCCAUCCCAGCGAUCUUCACGGGCUGCACUAUAUGGAGGUAUGAAACCAUUCGUAAGGAGCAUGUGGUGGGUGCCCACUGGGAGAAAAAAGAGAUGGGCUUUCGAGACCAUAUAAAUGCUCUAUGGAACAACCUUUCUCAUGCCCAGAAGUUUACAUACACUUUUGUAGCGGUAAAUGCGCUGGUCUUUUUUCUGUGGAAAAUCCCUGCACUCUACCCGACCAUGUGCAGAUACUUCACACACCUACCACAUUCAAGUAAUUCAUUGCUGGGAGCGACAUUAUCAGGGAUAAGCCACACGAAUGGACUUCACCUGUUUGUAAACAUGUACGUUUUCUCCUCGUUUAUACCGUUGCUCCUCCCGAUUUUCGGCAAAGAACAGCUAACGGCCAUCUUUCUCGGAGGUGCGACAUUUUCAUCUGUCACAAGUACCUUACAGAAGCUCGGAAUGAAGAGUAUGAUCCCAUCUGUUGGAGCGUCCGGGGGUAUUCUGUCAGUGGUCGCGAUUAUGUGUUUGUUAUAUCCCAAAGAAAAACUUGCGAUUGCCUUUGUCGAUAAAAUCAUCCCACAUUCGUUUGAAGCAAGAAGUGCUGUGAUAGGAUUAGUCUUGUUGGACAUUACUGGAAUAGUCCUUGGUUGGAAAGUGUUUGAUCAUGCCGGACAUUUAGGUGGUGUUAUGUUUGGAAUCUGGUAUGCCAAAUAUGGACAAAAACUAUUCAGAGAAUACCAGAAGAUAAUUUAUCAGGGCUGGCAUAAAUUUAGGAGUUAAAUAUUAAGAUUAUUACAGAAGUACAUUGUGAUUUUCACAUUUGAAACCACAGAAGAGUCAUGUUUUAAAUUGCCUGUUACUGUUCUACUUAAGAUUUGCAGCAGAAUAUUAACCUUAAAGCUGCACUCUCACAGAUUGACCAUCUUUAAUAACAACUUUUUUAUUUUAUGUCUUGGAAAGAGCAAAUUUUUUCGUAAAUAUCUGCAAACCAAUGAUAUGAGAUUGGUGACAAAAAAUUAGAUCUUAGAAAUUUAAUGUUUUAUGGCUUAAACCGUUACUAAUGGUUUAAGAAAAAUGCAUAAAACAUCAUUUUUAGCUCGUCUGUUUUUCGAAGAAAAAAAGUCGAGUUAUUGUGAUAGCCUUGGCGUCGUCGGCGUCGUCUGCGUCUGCGUCGUCGUCCAAAAACUUUAACCUUACCUCAUAACUCAAAAACCGUUCAACAUUUUCACAUUAAACUUGCUACACGUGUUCCUAUUAACACUAUGCAUGUUUAUAGCAGGUCAUAUAAUUUUGCCUUUAAUUAAUAUUGAGUUAUCCCCCCUUUUCGACUUGGAA